CCAGGUGUGUUCUGCUGCUGCUCUUGGGCUCCUGAGGAGAGGGCGCGAUGGCAACCAGCCUCGUGAAGGUGAACGGGACUGAGGUCUCCGUCGAGGGCUCCGGCAAGACUGUCGUGAACGUCAACAUCUGCCAGGAGUCUUCGCUGGCCUACCUGGUCAAGGCCGUGGCAGCCGCAGGCCGGAAAUGGCCCUGGCAAAAGGCGCCUGCCCCCAAGACCCCGGAGUCUUCAGCCUCUGCCCCAUCCCCUGGAAGAGCCUCAUGCAAUGGGGAGCAGAAAGUGCUGGGGGGGGCCCAGAUCCUGCUUGGAAUCAUGUGCCUCGGCCUCGGGGGAGUCCUCUGUCUCUUGCAGGACCAUUUCACAAUGCAAUAUUAUGGGUCCCCUUUCUGGAUGGGGAGCUUGUUUGCGGUGUCCGGCUCCUUGUGUGUGCUGAGUGAGAGAUGUGGGGGCUGCUGCUGGGUCCUCUUGGCUCUCAUCUUCAACUUGGCCAGUGUGGUGGCCGGCUUCGUGGGCUUGGCCUUGGGAGUGGCGGAUCUGCCACACCUGCAGUACAUUCCCUACUGGGUGGACAGCAGCUGCAGCGAGUAUAGAGGUUAUGGGUCAUGGAGGCCCAGCUUGAGCCCUGAUUAUCUCGAGAGGGUGACAAGAUGCAGGAAACAGAUGAUGAGCCUGCUGAAGGUUGUUGGUGGUGUUGAGAUCCUGCUGCUGAUUUCAUCUGUGGCCGCUCUGGGAAUCGCCCUCUUCUGCUUUGGAUACGGCCUGCGCCUUCUCUGCUGCACCCUACGGGCUAACAGUGAAGACUACGUCCCAAUUGGGGAUCCGGAAGCCCCCCUUCCAGAAGUGCCCCCUUCAUAUGAUGAGCCAGCCAAAGAAAAGGCAACUGCCUAAUAUGGUUGGGCCCACCCCACACUGCAUGGGAAUCUGCCCCCAUGUCACAUGUGCUCUCAUAGACCCUAUAAUCUUAUGCGCACAAUGUAAGGAUUGCAAAAAGCAUAUAAGUCCACAAGCACUACAACAUAUCGCUUAUAACAGAACAGAUACAGAUACAAGCAAGGCAGUCGGCAAAAAUGUAACCAAAGUCUGUCUCUUUCGGGCCAAGGUCAAAUGAUUUAAACAUCGUAGCUCCCUGCCAAUGUUGGUUGCCGGCAGUUACUAACGGCGAAUAUCUGUUUAAAAUUUAGUUGUUCUUCAGCGUUUAAAAAUAAUUUAAAAAAUAAAGCUGCCAAACUGCUAAACUCAACUGUGCAACGUGCCUUUUCAGAAUACGGAGUGUGUUUGUGUAUUUUUUAUCAAAGCUUCAUUAGUGUCUUCAUAUUAUCGUUUGUAAUUGUAUAUGAAUAAAGAUUAUCUGAGAAA